AGUUUGUCUUAUAUGAGGAUGUCACAGCUCAUUUCAUGGUCCCAUGUACAUGCCUUGCUGUAACUUUUGUGCAGUACAUAUAUUCCCAUCUAUAUAGCCCCAUCACUCAUUGAGUUUAACAAAUCAUAAUAACAAAAGAGAGAAGAGAAUUAAUGGAUAGGAAAAUGAAGAAAGGAGAGCUAGUUUUCAUUCCUUUUCCAGAUAUAGGCCACAUCGUCCCAUUAUUGGAGAUGGCAAAGAUUCUUGUUGCUCGAGAUCAGCGUCUCUCCAUCUCAAUCCUCAUCAUGAAAUUCCCAGGAUCCGAGCCCACCAGCCAAUCCUACGUGCAAUCUCUCAUAGCCUCCAUCUCCGUCGAACGCAUCAAGUUCAUCAAACUAUCGGAAGCUCAGAACGUUGACCGCACCAGUUCUGAUCCCAUACAGUUGAUCACUUCAUUCUUUGAAAAUAUCAAACCCCACGUUCGAAACGCCGUCAAGAUCCUCACUGAGUCUUUCCCGGGCCAACCCGACUCGCCAACGCUGGCCGGUAUCGUCGUCGACAUGUUCUGCACCACAUUGGUUGACGUUAUCUGCGAGUUUGGGAUCCCAACCUACAUGUUUUUCACGUGUGGGGCCGGCUAUCUCCGACUCGUUUCUCAUCUCGAAAACCUAAGUACCGACCAAAACAAAGAUAUUACCGAAUAUAAAGAUGAGCCUGAUGCAGAGCUUGUCGUUAAGGGUUUCCUAAACACGGUUCCGGUCAAGGUCUUCCCCGAUGUGUUACUGGACAAGGUGUUGUGCCCCUUCGCUUUCAGUCAACACAGAAAUGCGACAAAACUCAACGGUAUUUUGGUAAAUACGUUUAUGGAGUUAGAGUACACCAUCAUUGAUUCCUUAACUAAAGAUAACUCGAUCCCACCAAUCUACCCAGUGGGACCCAUAAUAAGCCCUAACCCUAGCCAAGGCCAGAAAGAAACCGAAAUCGUGACGUGGUUAGAUAUGCAACCUCCAUCGUCAGUAGUGUUCCUGUGCUUCGGGAGCAGGGGAAACUUCAAUGGGGAGCAAGUGAAAGAGAUAGCCAUGGGAUUAGAGCUAUGUGGGGUUCGGUUUCUGUGGUCCUUAAGGAAGCAAGGUGGUCAGUCAACUGAGCCAGAAGAGUACACGGAUUUCAAUGAAGCUCUUCCGGAGGGGUUUCUUGAUCGAACGGCUGAGAUUGGAAAGGUCAUAGGGUGGGCUCCACAGAUGACUGUGCUGGCUCACUCCUCAGUUGGAGGGUUCGUCUCCCAUUGUGGUUGGAACUCAAUCCUAGAGAGCUUGUGGUAUGGGGUACCAAUGGCGACGUGGCCUGUGUAUGCCGAGCAACAACUCAACGCUUUCGAGCUAGUGAAGGAAUUCAGAUUAGCGGUGGAGAUUAAAUUGGACUACCGGAGUGGUUUGAACGUUUCUGGUGAUGUUGUGAUGGUGAAAGCUGAAGAAAUUGAGGUUGGGAUUCGAAAGGUGAUGGAGUCUGACAAUGAUAUUAGGAAGAGAGUGAAGGAAAUGAGUGAGAAGGGUCGGAAAACCUUAAUGGAAGGUGGGUCCUCAUACUCUUCGUUGUCUCGUUUUAUAGACGAUGUGAUUCUUAAUAUAUCUUAAAUUAUUUAUUUUUGUACUGUAGCUAUUGAAUAAUAAAACACGACUUUGUAUCUUUAAUCAAAGUUUUAUUUGUAGAAACAA